AUGAAACAUUGUAUAUUAAUAAAAUAUUGUUGUUUAGAUGAAAAAAGCAAGACAUUGAAACGGGGAUCUAUUCCAACCAUAAAUUUACCCAAGAAAUCGCACGAAGAAUUGAAGCCUUCAACAUCAAGGCGGAUUAUGGAAAAGAAAGAGUUGGUGCCUUCUAAAGUUUAUAAGGACAUAAACGAUUUGAAAUCAAAGGUUUCCAAGCUUGGAUUGAUGGGUUGGUCUCGAACGUUUGAUGAAAAUACAUUCAGCUUAGAUUAUUUUGAUGGCAAGCAUGCACUACCACUCUACACUCUGAAGGUAGAUUCUGGUCUUGGCUUUACUGUUGCAGCUUUUGGUUGGUUUUUGCCAGAAAAUCACCACAUUUACUUGGAACAUAAACACUCAGUGACUUAUGUAUCAGUUGCAUCACUGAUAACUGAGAUAAGGAAUCUUUAUGUUUGCCCUGGCCUGCCACUAACCGACUCUACCACCACUCUACUACAUUUAACCGACCCUGUUGAUGGUGUAUCUGAAGUGACAAGGCACACUGUUCCGCUUUGUCCGGAAGUAUACUGUGACAAAGAUACACCAUACCAGGUGUCACUUUACCUGCGAUCAGCUGAUUGUCUUGUGCUGCAAACGUCUGGCGAGGAUGCUUGUGAUAGCUGUUCCAAGGUCCUUGCGUCAGAAGUUAACAGGCAAAAGCAGUCUGUUAUCAAAAAAGCAACAUCAUUGAAAGAGAAAGCUCCUUUAUCUGGUUCUAGCAAAGAACAAUUAAUUGCUACCAUACAGCAACAGCGUAUCGAGGCAAAGGGUCUGAAAGAUAGGUUUGGAAAAGGAGAUAAACUCGAAUAG